UGCUGCAUGCAGGUGGACAGACCAUCAGUUGGACCAGAGUGGUGCAGUCAGACAGCCUCUAGUACAUUUAAUUACUGUCCUUUUUCUUUGGGACAAAAAAAUCAAUCCUCUUAUUGAAUAAUUCUUUCUCUAUUUCCAUUGUUUUAUUUUUAUUUUUUUUAUUUCAAACACUGAAUUUUGUUAUUGGCAGCAACUGUUAUUGUUCCUUUAAACAUGGAAGACCCUGAUAUUCGGCAACAGAAACUGGAUAAUCAGCGGACUCUUUUAAUCAAAAGACAGCAGAAGAAGAGGACUGAUACUCAAAUGGUGGUGGCUAAUCGGGAUACUCGCCAAAAGAACCGAAAGCACAAAGCAAAUUCUGAUGAGACACCUCUGUUGAUCAGUCAAUCCCUGAGCAACACUUCUCUGACUGAUCAAGUUGAACAUGCUCAUGACAACCCAGUGGAUGAAAUCACACUGGGUGAAUGUGACAUCACAUCACCCGUACCACCAGAUGAGAUGCCUCCAGAGAAACCUAGGACACCCAACACAAUGGACUUGGAGAUUGACAAGGAGGUUGACCCAAAGCAUGAAAUAGAGAAUGAUUUUCCACCGGAGGGAAAAAAGACAAAGAAGAAAGAUUUGAAAAAAGAAAAAGCCAAACCCACAGAAGAAACUGAGGAAACAGAGAAAGUCAAGGAUAAAGACAAAAAAGGGAAAAAAACAAAGAAGGACAAAAUUAAAGAAUCUGAAGACACACAGAAGACGAACAAGGCACAAAAACAAGAACGUAAAAAGAAGUCCUUAUCAGAAGCUUCAGCUCAAGAGACAGAAUCAGUUGAGGAGAUGGCAAGUCAACCAAAGAAUAAUUAUAAUACAAGUGACGAUGAAGAGGACGAUGGGGCACAGAGACCUGCCACUCCGUCACCCAAGAGAAAAAAGCAACUCGACACAUCCAGAUGCCAAAUAAGUGAUGAGAGCAAAGAUGAGGACAUACCAGAGAAGGAGAAAAAAGAAAAAAAAUCAAACAAAGGGGAGAAGUCUACACAGAGUCUAGCAUCCCUCAAUUCCAACUACAGGAAGAGUUCAUCAUCAGGGAGUGAAUCGAAUGAAAGACCAACAUCUCCGAUAUUAGUGGAGGAUCUGGAGAAGUUUGCCUUGCGUCCGGCUCCCAGAGAUGUAACGAUCCAGUGUCGAGUCACCAGAGACAGGAGAGGAAUGGAGAAGGGCAUUUACCCGACGUACUACCUGCACAUGGAGAAGGGGGACGGCAAGAGGGUAUUUCUAAUGGCUGGAAGAAAAAGAAAAAAGUGCAAAACAUCCAACUAUCUCAUCUCCACUGACCCAACAGAUCUGUCCAGAGAUACAAGCAGCUACAUAGGAAAAUUAAGGUCCAAUGUCCUGGGCACAAAAUUCACAGUUUAUGACGGAGGAGAAAACCCAGAGAAAAAACCUUUCAUCAAAGAGUGUGAAUCAGUGCGGCAAGAGCUGGCGGCAAUUUGCUACGAGACGAAUGUGUUGGGUUUUAAGGGCCCCAGAAAAAUGACGGUGAUCAUCCCAGGCAUGAUGGAUGAUGAAAGAGUGUCCAUUUGUCCAAAAAAUGAACUUGAGACUCUCCUCACCCGUCAUGCAAAUGGUAACACAGACAAACUGGUCACCCUGGUGAAUAAAUCCCCCAGCUGGAACGAACAGACUCAGUCAUAUGUGCUUAACUUCCACGGCCGUGUCACCCAGGCUUCUGUCAAAAACUUCCAGAUCAUUCACCCUGACAAUGACGAUUACAUAGUCAUGCAGUUUGGCCGUGUAGCGGAGGACGUGUUCUCCAUGGAUUACACCUUCCCCAUGUGUGCCCUGCAAGCCUUCGCCAUCACGCUGUCAUCCUUUGACGGUAAACUGGCCUGUGAGUGAUGCAUGUCGGUGUGCCUGCUGUCUUCACAGAGGAAAUGUCACUCAAAUAUGAACUGCAUCUAUCAUUUUCCACAGAAUUUUUCAAGUUCUGUCAAGGUGCAUUACAACAAAUUGUACAUAGAGUAUUGCCUAAGUAGAAACGGAGAUAGCCCUACUUAUAUUUCUGAGACUUAUUUUAUGGGCUCAGUAUUAUUUUACCACUAUUUCAUUUACAUUAAAUCAGUAAAAAUGAAUAUCUUGCUUUAAACAGUGUGUAAGAUGUGUAAAAGAAAUGUACAUUCAUAAUAACUACCAAAAAAUAAAAUGAUAAUGUUUAAAAUGUA